CCUCUUUCCAGCUUGGUUUCCACUCUGUAUGCAACGCCCCGGGCUCCCAUCAAGACGGAGUCUUUGACAACUCGCAACCACCUGGCUCAGAGUGCCAUAACAUUGAUUUUCCUGCCGUUGCCCUGUCGUGGGCUUCAGUCUCCAGCUUGGACACAUUUCAAUUCACUCCAUUUCUUUUGCACGCCAGUUUUACGCAGUCGACGGAUGACAGGAGGGAGUCUGUGGAAGUCUUCUCAGUACACAUUCUUAUUUUCUCUUUUUGUACAAAGAUACACGAGUAUCUUCUUGCCUAUCCUUAAACCCCUUUUUGGUGUUAUUUUUUUUCUUUUCGUUGGCCGGAAUUGGGUCCGUCGCCCGUCGCGAAACCACGACAACCGAAUUUCCUCUAUUCUCUCCUCCACCACGAUCCAACCCGCUGCUGUCGCCAACGUCAUCGCGCCCUCUCGGGCUUCGCAUCUUCGCUCGAGACCUUGAGACUUACCUAUCUCGGCCCGACCCUUCGGAAUAUCGACAUCAAGCUGGCCUAUUCGCACUUAUCGUAGCGCUAUGUUAUGGACCUCAUGGCCAUCGCUGGUGACCACGGUUCUCAUCUCCUCGGCCGUCAUUGCUUGGUGGUUCACGGAGUCUAAGACCACGGCUCUCAACCUGGUGGCAGCCGGUAGUCUCUUUGCGUCUUGCUGGGCCGUUGCUCCGGACCGCGUUCGCCUGCUUGCGGCGUCAUUAUACGCUUCUGCGCUCAACACCAUUACGACGGCUCGCAUCGAUCUUUGGGUUUUCAGGCAUGCCAGCAUGCUGCUGACGGGUGGAGCUGUCUUUUGGUUGGUGCAGCGGGCAUGGCAGACGCUGUGGAAACCAGUUCCUGAACUGAUAAGCAUCCUCGGCGUGGAUGUGCCAGAUCCCCCAGAGGUUUCGCUUGCCGGUAUUAAACCUAACUCGGCGACAGUCAACUGGACGCGCGCACCGCCCAAUCGCUCUGUCCAGAAGUUCCUCAUUCAAGUCAACGGGGUAGUUGUGGGGGAUGUUCCGGCAAACCAAGAUCCCGCAAUAGUCGUCAGCGGUCUUAAGCCAGAUCACUUUUAUAACGUCCGCGUCAUUGCCGUUGGAUCCAACAACUUCCAGGCUGGCAGUCGGGUGGUACGCUUACGCACCUUCGCUCAAGACGGACGACCCCAGCUCGGUAAUUCCCGGUUGCCCUCCAGCUUUACGAUCGAAGAACCCAGCCGCAUGAAACAAUCUGAACCGUUGGAUGAGAACGCAUCUUCACGACCUCCCAUUCUUGCAUUGGAGACCGCAACAGCUCUGGAAGGUAGUGCUUCCUCGACCCGGGAUGGAAUUUCUGCUGCUGCCGCGGGGCCUCGCCGCAAUACGGUUACCAGACGUCAUUCGCCGUCGACAGCCAGCCUUGAUCAGCCUCUGGUACGGGAAGAAGCUGCGGAGGAUCCUACACAGACGCUGCCAGAGUUAACACAACGAUUCGAAAGCAUCAGGAAAGAGACAGAAGAGGUGACACAGCUGAUGACCAAGGAGGAAGAUGACAUCAAACGCCUGUUGAACGAGUUAGAGGCUGAAAAGCAGGAGAAGAGAAGAGAGCAGAAGAAAAAGGAGGAACAGACUGAAAAGCUGAGGAGAGAUGUCAACCUUACUGAUCGGGUGAUGCGUAAUGCCCUCUCUCGGAAAGCCCACAAGGAGAAGGCUUAUAAAGAAAAGCAAAACGAACGCUCCAAGUUUCACGACGACAUCGCCAAAUGGGAAGAGGACAUCGAGGAUAUGCGCAAGGGGAGGGAAGGGUUCGAGCAGGAAACCAGACAGCUACAAGAAAGUCACGAUCAAGAGGUGGAGCGACUGCGUGACGCUAACAGUGACCUUCAGGCGUCCUGCGUCGGUUUAGAAGCAGAGUUGAAAGAGCUCAGGGAGCAAGUUCGGGCUCUAGAAGAAGCUCGCAAGAAGCUUCCUGGUGGCGAGGAAGACGCGGAAUGGCGCGAGAAAGAGGCCGAGCUCAGGAGAAACUGGCAUCGGCGCCAUAGAGAACUCCAGGAGACUAUGAACUUCGAGAACAGGACUACUCGGCGACUUGAUGAUCAUCUUCGUUCCCUGACGAUGCAGAUACAGCAAAUCCCUCCCACCCCUUUCGGUCUUUACAGCCAGGCAAACACCUCGGGCUUGGAAUUUGAGAGCGGAGCACUUGGCCAGACUAAGAGACGAAGCAGAACGACCAGCUCACUUGCCAAUGUGUCGGUACCGUCUCCGUUACCAACAUAUUCCCAGCUUGAUCCGACUGUACCUGUUAAUGGCGGCUAUGCCAGCGUGAGAUCGGCAAAUGCGCCCCCCGGGUUUGCCCAAGGACCGUUCAUGAUGGGCCUUUCGGGGGACAUGCAGUCGCGUCACGACGAAAACUCCAGAGCUACCUCUGCUCCUCUCAGUCCAUCUGCUACGGCCUUGCUUCCUUCCAACAUCUUGGACGACCUAGACGAUGACGAGCCGAACCCGGCAGCCAGAUACGCACAUGAUAACUUUGUUUCACAGUCAGGCAACUCUCUGGACAACGAGCCGCAAUCGCCUACAUCUUCAGGGGAAUCUCCCAGCUUGGUAGGUAGCCCUCAUGCAUCGUCUCUGAACUUGGCCUUUCCUGCCUUUUCUGGGGAUCACCCCGAUCCCCGGUCGUUGAACGCAACAACCGGAAUAGGGUCGCCCAACACAGCGGUGGGCUCAGAGCGCAAGAUAGGCAGCCUCUUCACUUUCCCAAGGACCAGGGCUGCAAAGGUCAUGGAGACCGAGGGGCCUAUGCUCGGGAGCCUCAAAAAUGGACAGAGCCAGUCUUUCCCUCGCCAGACGGACGAAAACGACGCGUUGGCCAAAAGUCGACGUAUCAGUCUCUCAAGCACAUGGACCGUAUUCCACCGACAUUCGGCUACCCCUGAAGUACUUGAUGGCCCAUCCCCCGCUUCGCGCAUGUUUUCGACACGCAGCUUCAACCCCUUUGCGAGCUCUUCAAGGCCGGCUGCUGGGAUCUUUGCUGAACGUGACCCUAGUAGUCCUCGACCUGCUAGUAUCGCGUCGAACGAGUUCCCACGGCCUUCGACGGAAUCCGGGUCGAUUUGGGGCCCACCCCUCGCUUCGGACGGAGCAGGACUUGUCAAAACCAGCCGAAUCUGGCCGCAAGACGCACCGUGGUCUCGGAAUCCAUCCCGCCGGCCGUCCCUUCAUGGGUCGCCGUCUGCGCUGAAAACGACGUUAGCCUCUGCCGACGACGAGAUUCUGGACGAAGGACCACUGCCCAAUGUUCAUGAGGUUGGUGUUAUUGGCAGACCUCCGCCACAACAUGCGUCCAAGGACAAGGAUAAAGCCAUUGGACGUUUGAACCCCAACGCUCCAGCCUUUAGCAUAGGGUCAUUGUUCAAGAAGGAGAAGGAAAAGGAUGGGUCAAAGAAAGCUAAGGACAGAGGGAAAGACAAGACUACCAAGAACAAGGAACCAGGUACUGCAUCUCCGAGCCAAGUGACUCCCAUUGUAGCCUCAAUAGAGAUGUUGCUGGAAUCUCCUACGGAGUCCCGUAAGUCUCGCGAUGGGAUGCUGCUGGAGCCUACGCGGACGUCAGUUUCGAUGACGGAAUCUCACGAAUCUCUUUCCCUUGAACACUCGUUCUCAAACACCCCCUCGGAGGCACUGAGCACUGGCCUGUCAGGCAGCUUCAAGGAGGACAACGUAGUCCGCAAGCUGUUUCGUAAGGGAAGCUCGGGCAAGUUCAGCCUUGCGGGCCGUUCGGGGGGUGGUCUCUUCAAGAAGGGACCCGGAAGUACGGCCAGUGCUUCGGAUAGAGGCGUUUCGAUUGGUGAUCGGUCGAGCAUGGAUAACCUCGAAGAUCUCGGCGAGGACGCGCUGGGCCCCGCAUUCUUGGCCCGCAGCUAUGAAAGUGUCACCAGUAGUCCGAACGUUGGCCCGUCGGCCUCAGCCAGCAACGUCAAGGACAAGUCUGCAAAGGAGAACAAGACUCCUGGCGUGAGCUGGCUUAACUUUGGCAAGAAGGGAAAGAAGGAAAGGGAGAGUGUGGAGCUGGAAAGGGAGAGGACUCAGGCCAUGAAGCCAGAGGUGUAGAAGCCAAAGGCUCAGGACGGUGAUGAGAUCGAGGACAAGAAUGGCUGAAAGGUCGUUAUUGUUCAUGUGCGUCGGCUGUUUAUGCCGGGGUUGUGUCUUCCCCAACUUCUUGUUGACCCCGUGGCAAGAUCAAGCGUAUCCAAAAUACUGUCUGUCUAUACUACUCGUCGUCAUUGAAGCGGAGAAAAUACUUGAAAAGAAAAGUCUUGUCUGUAUUACCAAAUUGCCAAAACAUAUGAAUUACAACGUAACUGAAGCUCUCCUGGACCAGCGUAAACGGAGAGUUUGAAUUUAG